CCAAGGAUGAAUACAAAUACUCUCCAAGAUUGAUGCUUUCUACUGUAAAAGGACAUCAUUGAGCAUCAUUCCUUUCUUUCACUUUUAUUCAUCAUCAUGGUUAACGUUGCAGUCCUGGGAGGUACAGGCCAUGUCGGCAAAACCAUCGUAGAAGUCCUCAACGAUGACCCAAAACAUUCGGUCAUUAUCCUCAGCCGCAAGGCAUCCACUGCUGACACUGGUGUGCCACUGGUUGCAGUGGACUACGCCGAUGUACAGUCUUUGAAGGCGGUUCUUGAACAACACAAGAUCCACACUGUCAUCUCUUGUGUCGGAGUUCACGAUCAGGCCAUUGCUGAUGUGCAGGCUGCGGUGAUCCAAGCCGCUGAAAAAUCUUCAACGACGAAGCGCUUCAUCGCGAGCAACUGGGGUACACCGUACAAUCCAGAGGCCGAUAAUAUUGCGCCUUGGGCUAAGCUGCGGCAACAAGGCCCGGAUAGUUUGCGCCAGUCUGGUCUGGAAUGGACUGAGAUCGUGAAUGGCUACUUUCUCGACUACUGGGGCAUGCCUCACAUCAAGUCGCACAUGGAGUACAUGUUGCCAGCGAUUGAUAUCGCCAACAAGGUGGCCGCUAUUCCUGGUACAGGGAAUGAAGUCAUUUCAUUUUCGUACACAUUCGAUGUGGCAAGGGUAGUUUCCCGCCUGCUGGAGCUCGACACAUGGGAGGAAACUACCUACAUUGUUGGUGAUAAGCUCACAUGGAACAACUUUCUUCGCCUUGCUGAAGAGGCCCGCGGUUCCAAAUUUGAAGUGCAGUAUGACAGCCAGGAAAAGCUCAGCCAAUUCCAGAUUACCGAGUUGCCGAAUCACAAGGCCGUGUAUCCGUUCUUCCCCAAGGAACAUGUGCAAUUCCUGUUCGCCGCUCUGGGGAGGAUGAUGGUCAUGGGUGCCUUCGACCUUCCGAUUGAGAAGGCAUUGAACAAGCGUUUUCCGGACAUCAAAAUGCUCACUGUUGCUGAAAUGCUUGAGGAAACCUGGAAGAGUCAAUAGAGAGUGCUGGUAUUCAGCUUCAAGAAGCUAACGGCAGUGUUGUGAAAGAAUUAAGACAGGUUUCCAGGUAUAUAGAACUUGUCUUUGGUCAGCGCCACUAAAUCAGAAUCAACGAAAUCACGCCGUGGUGACUAGGAGGAUGAUAGAUAGAGGUAAACAAGUAUCAAUACAAGUCAG